UCCCACCUAAACGAACCACAAGUGGACCCAUCAAUUAUGGCAGGGUGCGCGAAGGAGCACCUACUCUUUUUUAAAUCUUUUAUUUUUAUUAUUAUCAUCAUCCCCUUCCAGAAAUCACUCCUUUACACCACUCGCUUUGCUUUCACAACUUUCCUUUUCCUUUUUCUCGAAUUUGAACGACCAUGACGUGACUCACGCACCCUCUCUCUUUACUCCCUUCUAAAUAAGACCCAAAUCUUCAACACUUCACUUCAAAACUUGCCUCCUUGGCUCACUCUCUCUCUCUGUCUCUCGCUGCAACCAAACAGGGAAAAUGGUAGCACCACCAGCUGCAAAACCAUUUUUCUUUCUCUUCACCAUUAUCUUUUCUCUCACCUUGGCUCUCUCUCGCGACUUAUUACCGCCACACGCCACCAAAACGACAAUCCUCGAUGUCUCCUCCUCUCUUCAACAAGCUCUAAACAUCCUAUCUUUUAACCCACAGCAACAAACCGCCCUCUCUCAACAACAGCAACAAACUAUAGCCAUUCCAUCAUUCCUUAAUUCUUCAUUCUCACUCUCGCUUAACCCACGUGACACCAUCCAUAAAACACCACACAAAGACUAUAAAGCCCUAGUCCUUUCACGUCUCCACCGCGACUCAUCUCGAGUCCAAGCUAUAACAACUCGGCUCCAAUUAAUUCUAAAUGGAGUAUCCAAAUCCGAUCUCAAACCUCUCCAAACCGAGAUCCAACCCCAAGAUUUAUCAACACCGGUAUCCUCCGGUACCAGUCAAGGAAGCGGAGAGUAUUUCACCCGGGUCGGAGUCGGUAACCCGGCGAAAUCAUACUACAUGGUUUUAGAUACUGGCUCCGACAUUAACUGGAUCCAAUGCCAACCCUGCUCGGACUGUUACCAACAAUCGGACCCUAUUUUUACCCCAGCGGCGUCCUCUAGUUACUCACCGCUCACAUGCGAUUCACAGCAAUGUAACUCUUUACAAAUGUCAAGCUGCCGUAAUGGACAGUGUCGUUAUCAGGUUAAUUACGGUGAUGGAUCGUUUACUUUCGGUGAUUUCGUUACUGAAACGAUGUCGUUUGGUGGAUCAGGCACUGUGAACAGUAUCGCCUUGGGCUGUGGUCAUGAUAACGAAGGAUUAUUUGUAGGUGCUGCUGGCUUGCUUGGAUUAGGCGGUGGCCCACUCUCAUUAACAUCACAGCUUAAAGCGACGUCGUUUUCUUACUGUUUGGUGAAUCGCGACUCGGCGGCAUCUUCAACUCUCGAUUUUAACUCGGCUCCGGUUGGCGACUCGGUUAUAGCUCCCUUGUUAAAAAGUAGCAAAAUCGAUACGUUUUAUUACGUUGGACUCAGCGGGAUGAGCGUCGGUGGUGAGUUGCUUAGAAUUCCACAGGAAGUGUUUAAGCUGGACGACUCCGGUGAUGGAGGUGUUAUUGUCGAUUGUGGAACGGCGAUAACUCGGUUACAGAGCGAAGCAUAUAACUCGUUGCGUGACUCAUUUGUGAGCAUGAGUCGGCAUUUGAGAUCUACUAGCGGGGUGGCAUUAUUUGACACGUGCUAUGAUUUAUCAGGGCAGAGUAGCGUGAAGGUGCCAACGGUGUCGUUUCAUUUCGAUGGAGGGAAGUCGUGGGAUUUACCGGCUGCUAAUUAUCUGAUACCGGUGGACUCGGCAGGGACUUAUUGCUUUGCGUUUGCUCCUACGACGUCGUCUCUGUCUAUCAUAGGGAAUGUGCAGCAGCAGGGUACGCGUGUUAGCUUUGACUUGGCUAAUAAUCGUGUUGGAUUCUCAACCAAUAAGUGUUAAAAAGAACAGGCCAGGUAGGUUUAAAUUAAAUUAAAUUAAAUUAAAUAGGUUUGUUUGCUUGGAGGUAAUGAAAUUACCUUUUUAUUUUCAUCAUUCUCUGGUCAAAACAUGUGUUCGUCAAAUAGUUGGAUUUUAGGAAAAGCAAACAAGUGUGUUGUUGUUGUAUUGUAGCGGUAGCGGCAGCGGCGGUGGGUUGGAUGAUAGGUAGGACCCAUCUAAAUAAACAAAUAAUGAAGGUGGGGUCAUUAAUUAAGGGCAUAACUGUACUCUGUGCAUUUUCUGGUUUGCUUUUUUAAAUUUAUAGUAAAUUAGUUGAAAAUGUUAGGAUAA